CUGAUGCUUCUUCGAAGUCGUUUCUGCAGAUGACGCGUUCCAGUACUUGGGUCAACCUAAACAAUGAGCGACAAGAGUGUCAGUGCUGGUAGGGAAACGCUCCCAGUGCGACGCCGGUACAGCGGAGAUCGCGAUCUUAAUGCCAAACAGCCGGCGGGCACCGCGGGCUCGGAUGCGGCACUGGAAGGGAGCAGCUCGCCUGGGAGGACGCCCAUGGCAUUAGCAUCGGAAGAUGGAUCGAUGAAUUCUAAUCGCGCUCAAUAUUCUGCUACUUUCUCGUAUACCAAUACGAGGACUGAUGACUUGAAUUCCAAUCCUGCAAGCGAUAAUGUCGUUGAGCUUGCGGCCUCACAUCUUCGCCAGGGCCUUCGCCCGCCACGCAAAGCCCAGGGAUCUCGUUCAGGAGCUCCGCGCAGUCGCCCCGUCAGCCGGCCCGGAGCGGACAGCUGGACAGGAAAGGCAAGCGCGGGCAGCGAGUCUCGACUUCGGUAUUCUGUAAACUCGACAGACGAUGUUGGCAGUGCUGACGGUGGCACAUCGCGGCUGCAGCACCAGCAACUCCAUUCGAACUCCGGCUCAAACGACGGACGGUUCCCGGUCACCGGGGUCGCCAGGCAGAAUGAAAUCGGCUCCCUCUCGCGCGCAUCCGGUCAGCCGACAGAAGACUCGAGCUACGGCCAGGAGUCCGCGCAGCGUUUGAGCAACGAACAGCGGCCAGCUGGAGGGGUUUUUGCGGCUGACGGAGGUACAGCAUCUUCUAGGCUCUUGCUACAGGUAGACACUAAACCUUUGACAGAAGAGGAAUUGAGAAAUGAAACGCAAGCCAUCUAUUCGGGAAUACUCAUGGCGGAAAAGAAAUGCAUAGAGUUAUUCAAGCACCAUUUCCAGAAGAAUACCGAAUUAUCUCAGCAAGAGUGGCAGAUGUUAGUCAGUCUACACCGUGUCCUACUCGAGGAAUAUCACGCUUUUUUCUUAGCUUCCCAACAACAGGCAGCGGGGCCCGCCGUCAACCGCCUAGCAGAGCAAUACGCCAUGCCUAGUCGCUUGUGGCGAUAUGGCAUCCAUUCUUUGCUUGAGUUGCUGCGGCACCGACUUCCUGGCUCCCUAGAGAGGAUACUGGCAUUUUUCCACCUGGCGUAUGGCUACAUGACCGUCUUCUUAGAGUUCGUGCCCAAAUUUGAAGACACUUGGCUAGAAUGCCUUGGUGACCUGUCACGAUACCGCAUGCUCGUCGAAGACGCCGACAUCCGUGAGCGCGAAGGCUGGGCUGAAAUUGCAAGGCACUGGUACAACAAAGCUGCCGAUAGGAAUCCCGACAUUGGCAGGAUCCAGCAUCAUCUUGCGCCACUGGCCCGCCCCGAUUUUGUGCAGCAGCUGUUCUACUACACAAAAUCAAUGGUCUGUGUCCAUCCAUUUGGCGGCACUAGGGAUAGUAUACUUCAUCUGUUCAAUCCAGUUCUGAAAGCUCCAGAAACAUUGGGCGGUCUUAAAGAGAUCGUAGCAGCCUUUGUGGCUGCACAUGGUUACCUAUUCAAGGGCGAAUUGGGGAACCCGUUCGAGCGUGCAUGCUUUGACUUCUUAUCAAUUCUGGAACUAUAUAUCGGUCGACUGGGGCCUACCUUCAAAGCUCAGGGUGUCUACAUCUCGUCCUGCAAUUUCGCCGCAGUGCUUGAAUAUGGAGCGCCCAAUGCACUUCUACCGCGCGAGUUCCUCACAAAUGCUGCCCAGUCAAAGUCUAUGGAUGAUAUCUAUUUUGCCUCCCACCGAUUCUGGACGCCUGUGGGAGAUCUCAAGACCAUAGAGGCCGACUUCCUGGCUUCUAGGAACUCGGACACUAUCUCGCCUGUGGUCUUUUACGCCGCUUGUUUCACAUUUCAGACGUUGUCAAUCAUGCUGGAUCAAACUGGCAACAAGAACGUUUACCCGUCAUUCCAUGCUUCACUGGCCUUCCUUUGGAGCCUGGCCCGGACACCAACUAGUAUGAAGAGAGUCGAGGUUAUAGUACCAUGGCAGCAGAUUGCCACAUUCCUCAACACCCUAACCCGCAAUUUCACCGACUUUACUCUUAUCGAAGGAACCGAUUUCCCCAGCCAAGGCGACGAUAGAUGGCUUUUCGAGGACUUCCUGAUUCGCGGUCAAGUUUGGAGCCAGAAUCUGUACCCGACGGACUUUUUUGACAAAGCCCCAACUGUUGAUGAUGGCCGAAAUCUUGAACCACCGUCUCGAGACCUUUCGCGGAUGCACAGAUGCUUAUGGCUUGGGGUUAGGCUUGCUAAGUUCAACCGUUGGAUGACAUAUGAUGCGGCUUCUCGAAGGUUCAUGGCUACUGAGUUUGCGUCGGACCUGGAUAAGAUGGCUCGGGAACACAGCCCGUUUUACGGCAAAGGCCUACAAACGGAAUCAAACUUGGAAAUGCAUGAUACAUAA